AUGACGCUAACCGUGAAGAGUUGCUGUUGUUUUAGUUUGAAAACUGGCGGUAUAAUUAUUGGUGCCGUUGGCAUUUUGCUAAGUUUCAUCGUUAUCUAUGUUUUUGGCCUUAUAGACGCUCACAAUGUUAGUGUAUCGGAAAGCCGUUUUGACAGCAUCAUGAACGUGUUGAAAAUUAUGCCAUUUAUCGGCGUCAUAGUUCUCGAAGUGUUUUGGAUUUACGGCAUUCUGAGGGAGAAUCCAAAGCCAAUGUGUCCAAAGCUCUUUGUGUCGUUCUUUGCCCUCUGUAUUCUUGUUCCACUGCCAUUCGCCUCACUGUUUUAUUUUUCAAUCACUAAGGCGGAUCCAGCCACGGGCUCAGCUAUAUUCUUCUUGCUAUUUUGCUUAGCAGGUCUGGCUUAUUACGUGUGGAUCGUACAGUAUUCCUUAUUCAAGUCGAUAAAAGAAGCCGAAUUUGCCAAGUAUUGUACAUAGGAUGGAGAGUUGAAACGUCAACAAGUCAAAUCCAAGUAGAAUAAACUUUAUUCAAUGAAAUUGGCGUUUUUUACAAACAAAAUUCAUAUUUGGAAUUGCCUUGUUAGCAUUUUAAAUCAUUUAAAUUCAACAACGGAUCAAUUCUUCUAAUGACUCGUAACUAAGCACAAUUAACAGCCGUAGUUUUCAAUCAAAAUUUGGAUUAAAUUUUAUUUAGUGAAAUUUGUGUCAAGUUCCAAUCAAUACAGGUUGAAAAAUAAAUUUAAAAAAGAAAGAAAUAGUCAAUUGACCUUACUCGCAGUCUAUGAAACACACAAAUGUUUGAGAUUAAACUUAUUGUUAGCAUAAGUUAGAAUAAUUGUUUACUAAAACUAAAUGUACUCUGUAUACAAAGCCAUAUCGAUCCAAAAAGGCAUCAUACAUUUUCCAAAGCAAUAUAAAUUCAGUGAAGAGAAAACAUUUAUCUGAGAAAUAAAAUAACGUUUGUUCAAUAAGAAAUUUCAUGUUUUACUUUGUGAUUCAGAAAAUUAUUCGAAUUCAUUGCAUUAUUGUACUUCUAAAGAACAUUCGAAGUAAGUCCACCGCUGUUGCGAUAUACUGCAGUGCUCUAAUCCUGAUUAUUUUAAAUAAAAAAACGUAAAUGCAAUUUGAAAUUCAAGUCGACUAACAUGAAACAUUCAAACGACGAUUUUUUUUGUCGAAAAUAAAGAAUUCUCUUCCCAUUUAAUGCAAAAUGAGUUCAAUGAGAUUUGGACAUCUAUUGUGUUUUCGAUGUAUCGAGGUAAUUCAAGAGAAUUGAAGACACAAAUUAUGUACAUGUAAACAUGGCCAAUGUUUUACAUCCAAUUUUCUUGCAGCAUAAACUAAUUGAGUUCGUUCGCCAAUAGCCGUUGACCCCAUCGAUGCUCUUUUUUCCAACCAAUUCAACAAAAUAACCCGCUUUUUUCUCUUUGUUGCGUGUUUGUUUCUGUCACACUUUAAUAAAUAAUAAACCAAAUUUGUAUGUCCCCUGUGUGGUUUAUUUAUGUCCGGUCAUCAGAAAAGUGCUCCAUUAUAUAUUUAUCUGAUGUGUACAUUGUACAACCACACCCAAAUAUCUAAAUUAUUUCCAAAAAGCGUGGACACAAUGAGUAAUUGACUCGUGUUGUCAACAGGUUUGAUUUUAUUGAUUCAAAAGGAAUUCCUUUCGACUACACCGAUAAAAUAAAAAUAAGCUGCCAAGUUUAUAGCCACUUCUAAAAACAAUUGCUAUGUGUGCUCUUCUUUUGAACGACAACACACCAUGUGCCCAACU